GCCCCCCUGAUCACUCUGCAAUUUAAAGUAAUUUUAUUAGUUUCUGAAGCAAAUGAAACAGCACUAUAUGACCUUUCGAGAACAACUCACUAAAUGCGCAGUGAAGACGUUUAUGACGCAAAUAAUUUUUCACUCGACUCACGAGGCUCAUUGACCCAAGGCCCUAUAUACCCAUUGACAUUUCGGAUUUUGUGCGAGUUGGUGAUUCUCUUCAGUUCAUUGGAUUCGUGAGGAUGCCUCGUCGUGGUCGUGCCGCCGCGCCUGCUCCGCGCGCCCCUGCGCGGGCGGCCGCGCCCCCUCCCCGGCCGGCACCCGCCCCCGCCCCCGCCCCAGCACACAGCUCUGUGCCGGCGGCGGCACCAGCGGCCCACCCGCCGGCACCCAUGAUGUCGGCUCCGUCCCAGGGCCCGGGGCUGAUGGGUCAGAUGGCCGCCACCGCCGGCGGAGUGGCCAUCGGCUCCACGGUCGGACACGUGGUGGGCCACGCACUGACCGGCGGCGGUGGCUCCUCGGCGCCGGCGGCCGCUGAGGCCGCAGCAGCGCCCGUGGCGGCCGCUCCGGCGGCGCCGGCGCCACUCUACCCCGCCGCGGCGGCACCGAGCGGCCCCAGCGAGCCCAGCGGCCCGUGCGCCUGGGAGAUCAAACAGUUCCUGCAGUGUGCCCAGGGCCAGUCGGACAUCUCACUCUGCGAGGGCUUCAACGAGGCGCUGCGCCAGUGCAAGGCCACCAACAGACUGUGACGUGACACACGCAUUGAAGAAGCGGGCACCUGACGGCUAAAUCUGGCCCCGUCGGUUCGCUGUGCCGCGCCGGUGCGGACGGGGGCCGGUGGGCCGCCCUCUCUGGGCUCCGCUCUCGUCCCCGGGGCGGGUGGCAGCGGCGGCGGUGGCGCAGAGCAGUAGUCGGCGCCGAAUUCCGCGGCCCACAGACCGGGACAUAGCCGGUGAUGGCCGGGAGACGCGCGCCGUAGACUGUGAGUGCAUAUAUCGCGGUGUACAAUAUAUGAACGGAAGGUA